ACCGCUUCUCCCAAUUCCCCAAUUCUAAUUCUUGCUGCUGGCUGGUCUUCCUGAAUUUCCUGAAUUUCCAUACGACAUAAUUUCAAGCUACUGUACCUACAACUUAUUUACCCUACUUAACAUCACCCCUGUUAAUAACGCGCAAGAAAUUGAUCAUUCAAAUCUACUGAAUACAUAUCCUUUUCUGUGGCGCACUGUUUAUUGAGCCUACCUCAAGAUUCAGACGCGUCUAGUCUACCUGAAUGGGUAGAUCUACUAAGGCGACCAUGGGCCGCGAGGUGAAGGUAAAUAUGGACGCCGACAAGAGCAGGGAGUUGCUACAUGACCUCGAGCUGAAGCAUCAGAUGAAUGCUAGUAACACCGAAAUACUUAUCAAAGAUGAAGACGUUCGCCGCCUACGAGUUAGGAUUCUCCUGUUACGGGACGAAAACACGUCCUUGCGAGAUGAGAUAGCCCACAACAAUGACACAAACACACAACUAGUAGCCAAGUGCGAGGAUUUAGGGGCUGGUUUGGAAGCCAAGAUGGACGUAAUUCGCUCGCAGGAAAAGCAGUUACAAAAACAAGAGCGCGAAUAUUCAAACUUGAAGGCCGAGCUACAAGCCAUGAACAACGCUACCCAAGAUUCCUCUAACCUACUCGCCGAAAAAUUAUCCUUAAGCCGUGAAUUGGCUAUCCUCAAACCUGAGAUCGAACAUUUACGAUCACAGGUAAAUCAUCAACAAGCAACACUAGCGGAGAAAUUAGCUCUAGAACGUCAAGUCACCACUCUAGAGGUCGAGCUUGCCAAUGAGAAGAAGGCAACCAAGCGCGCCAUACAAAAACGUGAAAGCCACGACCGAGCCGAAGAUGACCUCAGAAAGAACCUACGUGAAGUAGAGAAGAAAUUGACGGCGGAGAAGGCGGAGCGCGAGAGACUUGAAGAUCAGCUUGAGCAAGAAAAGCGAACACGCCAAUUUACAUUACAAGACCAGGACAGCACUCGAGAACUAGAAGCCGACCUUCGAAAGAAGCUACAGGAAGCUCAGAAACAGCUCCGGCAAGAGAAAAACGACAGAGAACGGUUGGAAGGGGAGCUUGAGGCCGCCAAGCUUGAGGCGAAGAAGGCACAGAGCAGCCAAUCUAGCAGUGUCGUCGAAGAUGAGCUACGCUCUCAACUCGAAGAUCUAAAGCUGAGUCUAGAAUCUCGGCAGAAGGAGAACGCCAAAAUUCGGCGGGAGGGUCAAGCAGCAAUGGUGGAGGCUGUGGCCCAAAGUGACCAACUGGAAAAGAAGGUGGAAAGGCUCAAAACCAAGCUACGUGAGGCCCAAGAACAGCUCAAGCAAUGCCAAGCAGACCUUCGAAAAGCCCAACAAUCAAUCCCCUUGAGUUCAGACGAAGUUCCCAAAGUAAAUGGCCGAUCCCAGGCUGUCCGCAAGAGAAAAGCUCAAGACAUGGCAACGGAUGAUUUCACGCAAAUCGAGAUACAAACUCCAGGUGCUGAUGAUACUACGAAGGGGCGUCGUGCAUUAAAGAAGCGAGGUCUCGAGCCAACACUUGUGGGCGAGAAAUCCAUGUUCUCUAUUACGCCCUUCCUAAACCGUACCAAGAGUAUCAUGGAGGAUACUCCCAGAACUGAGGAAGGGGCAUCAAAUGACUCUGUUACUGCCCCCUUAGAGAGCGAAGCUGCCGAGCCUACAGCCACAACAGCUGCAGGCACAGCGACUGAGGUAGUUGAGGGUCAUGAGACAGAUUCAUCGGCUCCAGCCGAGGAUGAAAAGCCCAAGCGAGGCUUAAAAUCUCGGGGUCGACCCAAGAAAGUGCUCGGUGAAGCCCCAUCGGCCAAGAAAAAUGCACAGGCUCUUCCAAAGAAGGCACUCAAAACCAAGAGCAGCCUCGACAAGGUCGUGGAGGUAACUAAAAACGACAAUCUAGAGAACAAGCACGAAGCCGCUGUGGGACAACCCGUGGAGAGGACGACAACUGUUAAGUUCAAUUUCAAUCUCCCACAGGAUGAGACCAUAUCCGACUCAAAAGCCGACCAGCCCAAGAAGAAGAAGCGCAAGAUCCUUGGUUCGACCAAAACCUUGUUUGACGAGGAGGAGGGUGAGGCACCGCCAGCUAGGAAACCUGCCAAGGUACAACUAGGUGGUGCGAAGAGGGCGCUGGGGAAGGUAGCAUUAGGACCCAAGAACGCGUUUGCCGGUGCGCCCACCUUUUCACCUCUAAAGAAGGACCGCAAAGGUGUCGGUGCUAGUUUCAUGGCAUGAUGCAGUUUGAUCCAAGCAUAUUCAGGAUGGCGGGAUACUUUCAUCGGCAAAGAGGUUUUGGGACAUGCAUUGCAGGCGUUAUUAUUUCACAGAUUGGUUUCUUUGCAGUGUGACUGGGCGUUCCGAGUCAAGGUUGUAUAAAUAGGUACAUAGUUGCAUUCAUACUAUGAAUAUGAACGCCCCAGCUCAUUAUAGGGCCAUUCUACAUA